AUGUAUUUUAAGGGUUUUUUGUAUUUUGUUGUUCAGGUUGUGAAAAAAGGCCAGGAAGAAAGCGAUCUUGAAAGGAUACAAGAUUUAUUUCCUGGUGACGCAUUGGGACUCUACGAUAAAGACGCUUUAACAAUGCGUAUGAAAGGUUUGAUACGUAAAAGAAGUACGACGGCAUCGAAAUUACAAAGAGCUCUCUCGGCGAAAAGAACGGAACCGGAAGAACAAUCAUUACCGAAAGAUGGACAAGACAAAAGAGUUUUCCUAUUGGAAACACCCGUACAAUUCACAACGGGCGUUCAAAGUCAGGAAAGACAUUUGUUUUUAUUCAACGAUUUAUUACUCGUUGCAAAAGCACGUUCGGGUGGUAAUUUCAAAUUGAAAGAAAAAGUAAGAAUAUCCGAAAUAUGGAUGACAAAAUGUUCCAUGGAAGACGUUAUCGAAGUUCACAAAAGUCAAGAAACUUCUUUCGUUAUCGGUUGGCCGACAACCAACGUCGUUGCUACUUUCAGCACACAAGCUACUAGAGAUUUGUGGUGGAAUAAAUUAAGCGAAGUCGUUGCCAUUGAAAGAGAAAAAGAGCCAAAAUCGACUAAUAUUCAAGUAUUGUACAACGACGUAUCGACGGGUAUCGAAUACGUAAAAACGUUUAGCAUCGGACCACACGACACUGCCACUAGAUGUAUAGCACUAGCAUUAGAUCAUUUAGAAAUGAGAGGUUUAAACGCGGCAGAAUUUCAACUUUGGGCGAAAACGUCGAGAGACGAAGCACCAUAUCCGCUCAUAGGUCACGAAAGACCCUUUGCCAUUAAAUUAAGUUGUCUUCGAGAGGGUUUGAGCACGGAAGAAGGUUUCGAUUUGGAUCAUUGCAAUAACGUACACGGACCUGACAUGCUCACGAGGUGCCAAUUCAUAUUAAGAAACAUACAAAGGCCGUUGGAAUGUGCGAGCGCGGAAGGGAAAAAAGAUAGGAAGAAGAGUAGGAAAUCACCCAUGAGAAUACGUCACGUGUUCAGACGCAGCGUUAAUAAGGACGAUUGCGUUGAUCAUCCAUAUCCAGGCGUACUAUUUGGUCAACCUUUGUCGAAAGUUACUGAUGGAGAGUUACCGCCGCCCCCCGUUAUGUCUAUGUUUCAACAAGUUUUUCAAAAGGGACCCUUUACCCAAGGUAUAUUUCGUAAAUCAGCCAACGCUAGACUAGUCCGAGAAUUGAGAGACAAGUUAGAUAGCGGAGAAGACGUACAAUUGGACGUGGUACCUGUGUUGGUCACUGCCGCAUUGUUAAAAGAAUUUUUAAGGUCCCUACCGGAGCCUCUACUCGGGUCGACUCUAUACCCCCUUUGGUUGGAAGCUCUCAAUUGUGGUAAUCAAUCGGAGCGUCUUCUCCGUUUGAAAAGUCUCGUCGAACAACUUCCAAAAUCGAAUCAAAUCCUUUUGGCUCAUUUCCUAUGCGUACUUCAUCACAUUGCGAGAAAAUCAUCUUUGAAUUUAAUGUCCGCCGGUAAUUUGGGUGUUUGCGUCGGACCGAGUUUACUUUGGACUCCUUGCAUGACUCCGGCAGGUUCAAAAGCCGUUCCCGCUUUGGUCGAAGCAUUAGUCACACACUGUGAAGUUAUAAUUGGACCUCACGUACCGCAUUUAUUAGGAGAACCGCCGGAAAGGCCUCAAGAUAGCGGUGCCGAAGAAUCCGAUAGCCUUCAUUCUGGUGGUCUUCGGCGAGAUGAUUCAUCAAUUGACUCCUUAGAAAGAGAACUACUUGAUCCACCUAGGAAAGAUAAAAUGUCAUUAAGUCGGGAUUCGGGAUUAACUAUGUCGGAUUCACAAUUGUACACUCCGGAUGAAGAAGAAAGCACGUCGAGUAGCAGUUGCGGUUCGGGUAGAGGUGUUUAUUCAAACACAACAACUCCUACUCACGCAAAUAAUUAUCAUCCGCACAAUAAGGUAUCGCCUUCGUAUUCGGUACCGGGAGGCAAUACAAAUUUAGCUCCAUCCGCUUUGACGACUACGCCCAAUAGGAAAUACGUACGAGUUUAUAGAGGAUGGGAGGAAAGAGUGCAAGACUGUUGCCGCAAUCGUUCAAAUUCAAUUUACUCACAAACCGUUAGAUCGGGAUCGGGAGUGAUAAAUUCAAAUUUUCAAAGGCAAGAUUGGUUUAGGCAGCGGUCGCAAUUGAAACGACUCAAUUCCGGUGGAAUUCCGACGGAUUCGACGGGAGCAAGGUCGGCAUCCCAAGAAUCCCUACUCGGGAGUCAUUCCAAGGAACCGUGCGAAACGACGACCGGGAGACAAAUGAUGUGCAAAGAACGUAAAUUCCAACACCUUCCUCCCGUGCACUUGGAUCCGCUUCCGGAUGAGAAAAAGUCGGCGGAGAGAAGGGGAAGGUUACGACAGCGAGAAUUAGCACACAAAACAGCCGCUCAACGUUCUAAAUCACUUCCUCCGCUCGAGGAACAUACGAGGCACGAUAGCGUGGAUCAAAAGUGGUAUUCUCCUCCGAACGGAGAAAAUUGGAAUCGGUCGGGAUACGAUGAAACAAAUUAUUCAUGUAAAGUGCCAGACGUGGUGGUGACGAGGACGAAAAAAGACGGUCACAGUGUUCACAAAAGCAUAAAUUCUAAUCGUAAUCACGUGAGAGACGAUUUAAAAAAAUUAGAAAACACGUUACCACCCUUGCAAAAAUCUCGAACUAUCGAAAUCCCUCCUCCGUACAGGCCUCCUCCGACGGUGGGCACGACGAGUCUCAAUACGAGAGCACCCAUCACGACGUAUCACCUGAGGAAAGCCUUAUCGAGAAGAAUAAUUAUCGAUCAAGACGACCACCAAGAAGAAUCGUACGUUUGA